AUGAAUAUAGGAGAAGAAUGUGACUGGAAACAAGCUAACUAUGUUGGAAACUCACCCAGACAGACCCAUGAUCCAUACUCCAAAACUUAUAAUUCUGGUUGGAGAAACCGCCCUAACUUUGGGUGGGAAAAUCAACAGGACCAAGGCCAAGACCAGAGACGCCACAACCACAAUCCCAACAACAAUACAACUCACCAACAUACCUCACAGAGAUCCUAUCAACACCCACCUAAUCACCCUUCUCAACCACCUAACCUCAUCCCACCAUCACCAACCGAAGAUAGAUUUUCCAGAAUUGAGACUCUACUUGAAGACAUAUGUAAAGAAGUCCAAGACAACGGAGUGUUCAAGGAUGAAGUGCGAGCCAACAUCAAAAGCCAGGGAGACACCAUCAAGAGACUGGAGUCCCAAGUGGGGUAUCUAUCUCAACAGUUUCCCAAACCCACUGAUAGUUUCCCAAGUGACACAGAAAAGAACCCAAGAGGAGAAACAAAGAAAGUAAGGUGGGAAGAAUGCAAGAUGAUCACUAUAAGUGAUGAGAGGAGUGUGGAGGGAGUGCACACACAAACAGAACAUCUCCAAGACAUUCCAAAGGAAAAUCAUGAAGAAGGAAACCAUACACCCCAGCCCACACACAGGGAGAAGAUAAAGAAAGGGGAGACCCUAAACCCAUAUGCACCCUUUCUCCAAAGGCUCAAAGGUGGUGUAGCAAGGAGAAUGUAUUCAAGGUUUUUCGACAUGUUUGCAUCUCUUGAUGUAAAUAUACCAUUCAUUAAGGCCUUCCAGCAAAUGCCCUCCUACAUCAAGUACAUAAAGGAGCUGCUGGCCAAAAAGAGUUCAUUGAAGGAAUCCCAUCCAUCCCAUCAUCCUGGGGAGGCCAUUCUUAGCCACAGCCAGGGCGCUUAUAGAUGUGGAGCGAGGAGAGCUAGUAUUGAGGAUACACGAUGA